CACUAUAUAGCAUCAUAUACCCUAAUUCCUCUACACACACACUCUCUGUCUCUGCUUUACGCUCUCUCUCAUCACAUCCUCACCAACUCUCUCUCUCUCUCUCUCAUCACAUCCUCAGCAACUCUCUCUCUCUCCAAAAAUGCGUGAGAUCCUGCACAUCCAGGGGGGCCAAUGCGGCAACCAGAUCGGGGCCAAGUUCUGGGAGGUGGUGUGCGCCGAGCACGGCAUCGACUCCACCGGCCGCUACCAGGGCGACUCGGAUCUGCAGCUGGAGCGCGUCAACGUCUACUACAACGAGGCCAGCUGCGGCCGCUUCGUUCCGCGGGCCGUCCUCAUGGACCUCGAACCGGGCACCAUGGACAGCGUCCGGUCCGGGCCGUACGGGCAGAUCUUCCGGCCCGAUAAUUUCGUGUUCGGGCAGUCCGGGGCCGGGAAUAACUGGGCGAAAGGGCAUUAUACUGAGGGCGCCGAGCUUAUCGAUUCCGUGCUCGAUGUCGUGCGGAAAGAGGCCGAAAACUGCGAUUGUCUUCAAGGGUUUCAAGUGUGUCAUUCAUUGGGAGGAGGAACAGGAUCGGGCAUGGGGACGCUGUUGAUAUCAAAGAUAAGGGAGGAGUAUCCGGACCGGAUGAUGCUGACAUUCUCUGUGUUUCCAUCCCCAAAGGUGUCUGAUACCGUGGUGGAGCCCUACAAUGCAACGCUCUCUGUGCACCAGCUUGUUGAAAAUGCUGAUGAGUGUAUGGUUUUGGACAAUGAGGCCCUUUACGAUAUCUGUUUCCGUACCCUAAAGCUCACAACUCCCAGCUUCGGAGAUUUGAACCAUUUGAUUUCUGCUACCAUGAGUGGCGUCACCUGUUGCCUUCGCUUUCCUGGUCAGCUCAACUCCGAUCUUCGCAAGCUUGCAGUCAACCUCAUACCAUUCCCCAGGCUCCAUUUCUUCAUGGUUGGCUUUGCCCCACUCACAUCUCGUGGGUCCCAGCAAUACCGUGCCCUCACUGUUCCGGAACUCACCCAACAGAUGUGGGAUUCCAAGAACAUGAUGUGCGCUGCAGAUCCUCGUCAUGGUCGCUACCUCACUGCAUCAGCUGUGUUCCGUGGCAAAAUGAGCACGAAGGAGGUUGACGAACAAAUGAUCAAUGUCCAGAACAAGAACUCUUCAUACUUUGUUGAGUGGAUCCCCAACAAUGUGAAAUCUACUGUUUGUGACAUUGCACCUAUUGGUCUGAAGAUGGCUUCAACCUUCAUCGGGAACUCUACUUCAAUCCAGGAAAUGUUCAGGAGGGUUAGUGAGCAGUUCACUGCUAUGUUCCGUAGGAAGGCUUUCUUGCAUUGGUACACUGGAGAGGGUAUGGAUGAGAUGGAGUUUACUGAAGCGGAGAGCAACAUGAACGAUUUGGUCUCUGAGUACCAGCAGUAUCAGGAUGCAACUGCUGACGAGGAAGGGGAGUAUGAGGACGAGGAGGAAGCGUAUCAGGAGGAAUCCUAAACCAAUGCUAGAAUCUGUCGUACUGUUCCUUGAUGGGCAGAUUGUGUUUUUUGUUGUUUGAAUGUUUUGACUAUGUGGGUUUGCUUUGUUUGAAUCUGGGAUUGCGGUAUAUGCGUCUGCUUCUUGCUUGAGUUGUUUUUGUUAUUUUGACAGUUUGGUGGGUAGUUUUUGGUUUCUCGAUCUUAUCGUAGUCAUGAACUAAAUGAAACUCCAAUUCCAAUAUAAAUAUGCACCCAGAGCUUUCAGAUU